CGCAGGCUGGGUGCUGCUGUUGUUACAUAGGAAACAGCUGAAAAGUCCCCACAUGACAGUGGGGGAAGGAGGAAGCGGGGUGACCCGGGGGAUGGACGUGGCUUUUACAGAGUGAGGCGCUUGGCCGCCGCAAGGAGUCCCCCAGCAGCCUCGGGCCCCGACUCGAGUGGCGGGGGGCCGAGCGGAGAUCUCGCUGUGCCCCUUGAAGGAGCCCUUGUUUGCCCUUGGGGGAGGGGUUGUGCCCCCUGUUGCGGGGGCUCUGUCUGCCGGGAGCCAGGGGGACGGAGGUGACCCUCCAGGGGAGGAUCGUGCCCCCUGUAGGGGACGCUGCCUCUCUCAGGGGCGGCUGCCGAUGGGGCAGGUUUAAAUCCCUCCCUUGCAGCCAAGCGCACAGACAGCGGGGAAGUUUGAUUCAGUCCGGGCGGCAGGGACGGAUCCUGCUCCUCUGCCGGACAAAGGGGCGGCGCAGGCGGGUGAGGAGCCCGGGCGGGUCGGUGGCUUCCUCUGCUGGGAUCGGGACACUGCUGGGGCAAUGAACGGGUUCGCCCCCGAAGAGGUGACCCAGAGAGGGGGGGAUGCUGUCGCCGCCACCGUCGUUGCUGCUGUUGUGGCCAAUGCAGCCGCCACCGUGGAGGUGCCGGCGCCGGGGUUAGGUCCUGGCGCUGCCGCAGGUGCCGCCGGUUCCGCAGGGCCCCCCGGUGGUGCUGGCCCUGGGGCUGGGCAGCUGUGCUGCCUGCGAGAGGAAGGUGAGAGGUGCAGCCGAGCCGCCGGUAACGCCAGCUUCAGCAAGAGGAUCCAGAAGAGCAUCUCACAGAAGAAGGUGAAGAUCGAGCUGGACAAGAGCGCAAGACAUCUUUAUAUUUGUGACUUCCACAAAAACUUAAUUCAGAGUGUGCGAAACAGAAGAAAGAGAAAAGGCAGUGAUGAUGAUGGUGACUCACCAGUACAAGACAUCGACACUCCAGAGGUUGACUUAUAUCAGUUACAAGUAAACACACUUCGAAGGUACAAAAGACACUUCAAGUUACAGACCAGACCAGGACUUAACAAAGCACAGCUUGUUGAAAUAAUUGGUUGCCAUUUCAGGACUAUUCCAGUGAAUGAAAAGGAUACCUUAACAUAUUUCAUCUACUCAGUGAAGAAUGACAAGAACAAACCAGAUCUAAAGAUGGACAGUGGUGUUCACUAGGAUGGAAAAAAUGGGACUAAUACUCAAGUUGCAGAUCUAAAGACUGUUUUUGACAUGCAGAAGCUUUCUUUGUAACUUUUUUUUCAGAGAACUUGUCUCUGAUCUUAUUUUUCAUGGUCUUGCUGACUCACUGAAAAACAACUUCCUCUAAAAUGAGAUUUCCUCAGCAAAAGUAUUUUAAAUAAAUAUUAUUAAUACUGUU